AUGGUGGAAAUCGACGUAGAGGAACCUUUGACGUCCAAUGUCAGACCAGCAACCGAUGCUCUCAUUACUGUCCGUAUCGUCAAGUCUUUCCCAUACAGAAACGUGAAAAACCAUAUCAUCCAUUCCAUCAACUUGAAGGAAACUACACCUUCUCAGCUUCUUGAGCAAGUUCACAAGAUUAUCAACACUACUGGAGCAUUGCGUCCAUACAGAAACGUCAAUUACGACACUGUGAAGGUCUACACCCAUGCUCAUGGCACCAAAUCCAUGAAUUUGGUCAUUAACUUCGACCACGAUGAGAGAGACAUUUUGUGCUGCGAAAACAAGGACCACUUAGUCUCUCAUGAAGAGAGCUUGUGGGAUUUGGGUGUAGAGAAUGAGACUGAGGUGAGUGUUUUCAAUUUUGAUGAUUACGUGGCCUUCAAGGCUAAUCCAGAGGAAAAGUGGUGA